UACUCAAACUACGUAUGGAUAUUAUCUGUUGAAAAUUGUGUUAUUUAUUUAGAUUUUGACUUUUGCAAAACUAGAAUUCAAUGAGCAGGUGCACAAGGAUAACUUCUUAAUUUACAAAUAGUAAUUCUGUUAUAACUAGAUUCGAAAAUGGAUUAAGAACGAGUGAUUGCAAACUUGCUAUCUUAAUGACAGAAAUGUAAGGAGGAGGUUUCAUUUCAGUUUUCUUUCGAUAUAGCAGUGGUGUAUACCAGUGCCCUACAUUCUUGUACUUUAGCUCAAAUGGAAGAAAGUUGUGUUCUCGUAUCGUUCCUUUUCAAAGGCGUGACUUAAUAUUUCAUUUGUAAUGGAAUGUGUUCCGCCUUUAUGCCGGAUUUACAUUAAUUAAAACACUUGUUAUGUAUACUAUAGUUGAGAUUGUACUAAGCGUGGGAGUGAUAAUCACUCUCAUCACCGCACUUUCAGCAUGCGUUUGUGGAUGCAAGAACUCCAAUCAGAAAAGUGAGUUGGUUGGCACAGCGGGUGUGGUCAAAAUCCACAUAGAUGAGGAGGUACCAUCUCCAACGCCAACCACUCCGGCUUCCGUCAAGCGAGCAUCGACACAGAACUCUCAGCGCAGCUUGCCGGAGAUCCCACACCCUGUGGGCAGGCACGACAGUGGAGAUACGGCCUCCGAAAUAUACGCUACUGUUAAUUUAGAUGAAGGAAAUAAGCCCGCACCGACAGCAUCCACUAGCAGAGACCAUCCCUACGAACAUGCGUACGCUAAACUGCAGAAUGAGAAUCACAAUAUCACGUUGGAUAUUACGCCCGAUCAAGAGUCCCAAAGAGAUAUACAGAUUGAAGAGCGCGAAGCGACGCAACCUGGUCCAGAAGCUGUGGUGAUAUCGGCGUCGGUGGCUAUCAGCGGUCAGCUGCCGUCAAGUCAGGAGCUGCCGUACAUCACUCCGCCCUCCCCGCGCCCGCGCCCUCUACCCCUCACUGACAACACCCAGCACUUCAGCGGGGACUCCACGGACUCGGCUAAGGGGUACACGAGCAUCUCAGUGCGGGAGCCGCUCAGCAACAUCAGGGCGCAGGGCGUGAAGCCCUCCGCGCAGCCGCACUACGCCACCGUGUCUGAUGACUCCGACGAGAUGUACGCGGCGAUAGAGGAGGCGAGUGUGGGCGAGGGCGAGGGCUCGGACACGUACGCACAGAUCGCGCCCGAGCCGCGCCGCCGCGACCUCGCCCCUGUAAUGCCUUUUGUUUACAGAAGGAGUGCCCCUCCGGAAAUCGGUGCCUCAACAUCACAUGCGACGCAUUCUAGACAAGCAUCAUCGUCGUCGUGUUCGAACUCUACGGGCGCGCUCGGUUCGCCCAAGCCGGAGAAGCGCGUCGCUAACUCUCCCCUGCCUCCGCCCCCGCUAGCCACACACGCUACACACGCAGCACACGGCACACAUGGAGCGCACAGCACACACUCAGCACACGGCACGCACAACACACACGCCCCGCUGACACAGUCGCAGCGACACCAUCGCAUAUCUAGUACAGGUGACCUUCACUUCAAUCACGACAAGCUUCGACGGAGCCUCAACGAGAAACAUCAGCGAAACAACAGCUGCGUCAGCUCCUCGGACUUCUACGGCUGCAACUACCCCGUGGAAAAGCACAGGUUCAGCUCCGGCGAUAUCGUGCGGCCCCUCGUCGCCAGGGAGCUCGAUAUAGACAUCGACCACCAGCCGCCGCCGGGAGCCACUGACAACCUCUACAAUUCCAUCGACGGCCCCGCACCCAGCGACUACUCCUCCGCAGACGCCAACCUCAGCAUCAACUCCGACCACCGCGUCACCGAGAGCCCCUCGCGCAACCUCGACGAUAUGUACGCUAAGGUCAUGAAGAAAGGAAAGGCGAAACCCGACGAAGCAACAAAGAAACAGAACGAAUUCUCACACGAACCCGAAGCCACCACCCUCAAAUUCCGCGGCGACGACCCGGGGUACGAAACCAUAGACCGUAAGAAAUCCACCAACCACGGCUACGAAACUAUCGCACACAAGGAGCGCACAAACUCGCAGAGCCAGGACCCCGGCUAUGAGACUGUGAAAGAUGUCAACAAAACCCUUUCGACCUUCACCAACAAUAAUCUGCUGAAGUUGAAUCAUUUGAACGACAGCGGACCCAAUAGCAUUAUAAGCAGCGAUCCCGGCUACGAGCAUAUUACGAAGCCGGACAACAGUGCCUCCGAUUCUGACCCUAACUAUGAGGUGCUGAGGAACCAGCCGCCCACCCCGCCCUACGCUACCAUCGCACCUGACUACAAGGUGCAGCCCACCUACUCUACCGUCAACAAGCGAACCGGAAAGUACAAUAACUGGCCGGCGAAUAACAACGACGAAGGAGCGCAAGAACCCAACUACGAGUCCAUGUCGAACGAUCCAUUCUACACGACCGGCAGUGAGUCAGACCCCAACUACGAAUCUGUACGACCGAAAGAUCCAAACUAUGAAAGUGUUAACGCGCAGGAUCCGAACUACGAAUCUUUGCGUUGUAAAGACCCAAAAUAUGAGUCGGUGCGUUCUAAAGAUUCCAAGUAUGACUCGGUGAGAUCCAAAAAGGAUCCAAACUACGAAAGUGUAAAGUAUUUUGAAUUGUCGCAGAAAGAACCGCCAUAUGAGAAAGUGAACAAUGAGGCUGCUAUGAAUUCCGUGGAGAGAUCAGACUCGGCAGCCGGAUAUGAGAAGAUCAACGUGCCCGCGAACAGGGACCCCAAAAGCAGUAUUAACAGCGGUGCCGAGGGCAUCGUCAGCGACUACUUCCAAGUUUAAGUCCUGGUACAUUAUUUCAGUUUUAUAAUUUAUGAAAAAGUAGUCAAUUUAAUUUAUGAUAUUAUUUUGUAAGAUAUCUGAAAAGUUGGUGGUCGGAGGUUACAUUUAUUGAUUGCUCGGACUGUAUAUAAGUCAUUAAUUCAACUUUACAUAAAGGACUUAUUUAUUUUCUAUAAAAAUUAGCGAAUUUUGAGAUUUAUUAUAAAAUUGAAUUGAAAUACUGCGAAGUAUUAACCCGUUUUUGUAGUGACUUAACUAAUAACUUCGACCACCCCGACUUAGAGCUUAUUUUACAUUUAGUAAGACCCCGCGCCCGGCACAUUAAGAUUGCGUGCUUAAUUUAUUUAUUUUAUCAACUAAAUUUUCGUUAAAUAAUACCAAAGAGAAAGAUGUGUAUCUUUCUCUGGUAUCUGUGAUAUAAAUAUUAAACAGACCUUAUUUUUAUAAAUAUAAGUUUAUUUUUUAGUGUGAGCAUUAUAAAUAUUUGUGAAAUUUUAUUUUCGCGUUUGUAAUUAACUUAUUUGUUAUUUGUAAUCACCAUUUAUGACGUGUACUUUAUUUAUGUCACUCUUUUAACCUUAUUUUACUGGUUGUAUGAACUUUACGUGUAUAUAAUCUUGUAACGUAGAUGUACAAUAUAAACAUAGCGGAACAUAUUUUUAAUGAUAUUAUACCGAAAUAUACCGCAGGGACACUGACACAUAAUUCUAAGAAUUAUUUGUGUUCAUAUUAUAAUUACAAGGCGUUAUAAAAUACAGAUAUACACUAGGAGUUCUUUUUUCUUCUACUCUACAAAAAAUUAGUAAUACAAGUCUGACAUCAACCUGUAUUCGACUCAUUUGUGCCUAAUAUCUGUUUUUUUGAUAACAUAUGGAAAAAUAAGUUUGAGUUUUCAUUCCUUUUGCAUUUAAUUUUUAAGUUUGUAAUUUCAAUGUGUAUUUAUUAACGUCUAUGUAACUCUUAAACACUUGAAACUAGUUUUUUAAAUAUAAGACUGCAUGGUGUUCCCUAAUGAGAAUAAGAUUUAUCUGGGCAUAUUUGAGCUUUUAUUAAUUGUCACUUUAUCAAUAAGAUUAUCAUAAUCUAAGGCUACUUUAUUGUUGCUUUUUGAUAUGUUAUUUGUUAUGUAAUUGCUUAAGCGUUAUUUUUGGCCGGAUUUCGAAAAGAUUGCUAUAUCGCCAUGUUUUGUGACUGUCAGUUACUAUUUAAUUGGCCUUGAAAUGUUUACAAUCAGUAUUUACUUUGGAUUUAUUUAUUUAUUAUCAACUUUUACAAUGUACUAAUCGCUACGGGCACACGUUUAACUUUACAUAUAAUUCUUAUUUUAAUAAACACCUAGAGACAAUUGUUUUCAAUACAAUAUAAUGCAAAAUACAAUUUUUUUAAAUAUAGAAAUUUCCGUAUAUAAAAGUGAUUGUAUUAUACUAAGAUCGCUUUAAUUACGUUGUUCGUAUCAAAUGAAUAUCUAAUACAAUAACUGCUACAUUCAUAAAAGGACUGAAAUUUCCAUUACAAUAUGGCACUGCACAAAUAUAAGUCGCAAUAUUUGUUUAUAUGUGCGGUAACUAAUAUUUUUUAUAUUAUUUUUACCC